AUGUCUUCUCGGAAGUUGUUUUCGGAGGAAGAGAAGAAGACGCAAAUGCACCUUCAACGAUUGGCGCGACCUCUGCUUAAUGAUUCGAAGUACAGGCAAAGGGUUUUAGAAGCUCUAUGGAAGAGUUCAUUUUACAGUUUAAUUUGCUGUAUGAGAGGUGCAUCUCUUAAUGAUCAGCAAAAAGGCUGGUGUGACAUGCAAAUAAGUAUACUCGUUGGAGAAAUGACAAGAAUUAGUAUCGAGUUUCCUGAUCUUCAGAAUGCUGUGUCUAUCUAUCUUGGUGAUUUGCGCAGAAGUGUGGCUGAGAUGGAUAAUGGAGGUGGUAUCGUUUAUAAUCAACUGGGAUUAUUAGUUCAAGAUUCGGAGCCGAUCAAAGCUCUUCUAUACUUUUUCUUGGCUUAUUCAUUUCCUAAUCGGCCGUUUCAUGGUGCUUUUGCUAAUAUACUUGGUCUACUAGCAAAAAAAACUGCAAUUCUUGACGAUCCAGUCGUUGCUGUGAUUGAACAUUGUUUGACAACUUUUAGUCGUUAUGAAUUUCAAGAUUUAAUGACAACCGGUUUGGAACACAUUCAGAGCCAGCUUGAUACGAAAGAUGCUUUUUAUGUUUCUUGUUCUGUCAGCCUUCUUAUUUUAGCUGUCCUGGCUUUGUUUUCAAAAGACAAACAGAAUGAAGCCCGAAGUGUGAUAGAAAUGCUAUUGAAAACUGCGGAGGAUACCCUAAAAACCCUAGAGGAAUGGACUCCAAUCAAAAUUUCUGGGUCUCGUCGAAGACGUGCUUCAGAGGCGGGAAAAGAACGAUCCGAUAAUAGUAGCAGUGAGUCAUUUGGAGUGGAGGAAGACAAUGACGAAGGCGUUGUUGAAUUGGAUUCAGACGAUGGCAUUUGUAUGUGUGGUAAGAUUGGAGAAUUUGACGGAAAGUUUACAAAAAACAAAGACGAGCAAGAAAUGCAGAUGCUUCAAGUGGCUUUGCUCCAUUUUGCAGUUAGCACUGCACCUUAUAUAUACAAUGGUAAAUCUGCUCCUGCUGCAAUGAAGCAUCAGUACGAAGUUUUUUGCCAAAACAUGUGUCGUCACUUGAAUGAGGCAAACUACGGUCUUAGCUCAUCGACGCAUCUUCCCUUAUGGUAUCUUGGUACUUCCGACUCCUUUAAGCUUCUCCCAAGGUUUUUGGAGGAAUUCGCAAUGGCUGAGGACACGCCUGUCCAUUACGAAUGCUAUUUUCGUUUUAUAACAAGGAGCGCGCGUGAGGAACUUUUGAUGAAGAAUAUGGCAAAAAUGCGUCUAAUUCACGAGACAAAGGAGGAAGAAGCACGAGCAUGGGUUCCUGUUUAUGUUGUUCCUGAAAAGGAAGUGCUUAUACAGCGACCUGGAAUUUUGAAGGGCAUUGUGAAAAAUAGUAAAAUAAUAGUGGUCAUUGCUGAAGACACUCUUAGAGAGAUGGAUAAGUUAAAAAAAGAAAAGGCUGGCGCACGAGAAGCCAUACGUUUUAUCGAGAAUCAGGUUUCUGAUCCUGCCAGACGUUUGCGCAUUGAAAACAGCUCUUCUGUUCAAGAGUGUGCAGAAAAGCUUGCUUCUCAGACUCAGUUAACAGAUGCAGUUAUUGUUGUUAUUCUUACGAUGUCGAAAAUAGACAACAAAACGGUGCCGAGAUGUAACGGGCUGAAAACUCAGUUCGUUUCACCACAGUCUGCUGGCGGGUUUUUGUGCUAUGAUCUUGUUGUGGAAACGUAUCAGAAAGUAAAAGAAACAUCUUUACAUUUAUUCGUAGGAGAAAGCGUGCAAAAUUCUAAAAAUAUUUCUUGGUGGCACAGCUCUAGGUUACAGGCCGCUAGUUCCAGCUUCCGCAGCCCUGAUACGGCGCUGUUACAACUGGAUCAAAAAUUACUUUAUAGUGGUAUUGAAACGUCAAACAGCAGUAGAGCUGUGCCUGUGAAAAGUGCUGAUCGACAUCUUCCGGUAGUUCAGCAGAUCGUGGAUACGGACGGGAAUACAGUGUCUUGUGUGUUGGCUGUCGAAAAGCUUGACUUCCCGAGACAAGGGGAGGUUGGUGGAUGUCUGGAUCUGCAUAACUUGAAGCUUCACGCUACUCGAUGGAACUUAAUGUGGUACGGUUUGAUCAGCAGCCCUUGUUUAAAGCCAUUGUUCACAGUGGGACUGGAAAGAAAGCUGGAAUAG